AUGAAGGCUUCUGAAUUCACUGCCACUGUUGUGGCUCUAUCAGUCACCGCCAAUGCUAGGCAUCUAGCUUACCCAGACCCUACCAGCAUAGUCGCGCUCGCCUUGGACGGCGUGAGCCCAGCGCCCACCACUCCUCCGCAACUUCAUGAAUUCUUCCGACGAGCCAACCAAGACGACCCCAAGACUGUUCUCGUCGCCCCCGAUGCCACCUGCGGCUACAUUUCUGGUCGACUAGGUGCUCCGUUUGUCUGCGAUGACACGGAUAGGCCUUGCAUCUUCAUCACUCCCGAGGGGAGUCGUUCUGGCGCCAUUGCUUGUUGCAACGAGGACGGUUGCGCGACCCGGGCGAGCUGUGUCAAUUAUGACGAGUUCUACAGUUCAAGCAAAUGUGACGAUGGCUGUGCUGUUGACGAGUUCACUCUGAAGUGCACUGAGACUGAGAACCCUUACUGCAAUACUAUCACAUUUGAUGGCGGUAUUCAAGAUUACUGGUGUAACAGUAAAAACUUUUCGAGUCCCCUCAAGGCCGAGACCACCUACAAUUCACAGAAAAGCAAGGUCACCUACAGCAAGCUCGUCCUGACCGACCCUUCAAGCACCUUUCUAGCUUCUACCGGCACCGACAAACCCGCCGCCACGGCUACCAGUGAUGCCGACUCAGACAGCAAAGACGAUAAGGAGGUGAACGUGGGAGCAAUUGUUGGCGGCGUCGUGGGCGGUGUUGGUGCCAUUGGCCUUGCCGGCAUCCUUCUCUGGUUUAUCCUACGCCAAAGGAGCAAGGGGCAACCCCCGAACCCUCCAGGUUACCAACCAACUCUCGCCCAGCGUCUCGGCGGCCUUGGGGGUUACAACCAGAUACCCCAGGGUGGGGCCGGGUAUUACGACAACAAGAAUCCCUACGCUUUGGGUGGCCAGCAGUAUCCCGCCUACCACACCGACCCUAAUGCUCCUUACGACCCUCGCCUUUCCUACGCCUCACCGAGUCCCAGCCCGUCCUACCAUCAGGUACCGCCUCCUGGACAGCAAUUGCACCCUGACCAGCAGUUACUGGCUCCUGGCUACCAGGGAGCUGCCAUCCAAGAAGCUGGGGGUAAAGCCAUUAUCCCUGAGGUUGGCGGUGAACCAGUAAUUCCCGAGGCUGGUGGUAAACCUGUCAUCGCUGAAGCAGGUGGCGAGUCUGUGAAGCCAAAAGCCCAGGAGCUGGCAUAG